AUGAAUCUUUCUCCAUACAAGAGAGAUAUUGAUGAACUCAUAGACGAGUUUGUGGAGGGUGAUUUCACAACUUUUGCUGAUAUGAAGAGUGUGUGGUUAUCUCGAAAGUUUUCUUAUAUUUUUGAAGCCAUUCCUAACACCAACUUAGCCUUUUUCAUUCAGUCACUAUAUGCUCACAUUAUUAUUGGUCACAUGGUUACUACUUAUUCUCUUUCACGGAGACUUGGAGGUCUUUACUGCCUCUAUUGCCUUCAUGAGAUCCAACCUUUUAAACCCAAGUUCAGAAUUUAUAUCUCACUUCAAGAGUUUGAAAAAUUGAGGGAUCUUAUAGUUGAGGCAAAAGAUAAAGGUGUAGAUAUAGCUGUUGCUAACGGACAGAACGCACGUGUGCGGUUUGCCUAUGAAAAAUUAAUCUCUGACACCAAGAUUGAGCAAUUUAUUCAUUUGGAGAUGGGUAAUGAAGUUGAUCUAGAUUCCCUACAUAAAAUGUCUACCAAAUAUGCAGAGGCCAAAAAGCGUGCAAUCAAAGGUGCAGGAGAAUCAAUGGAGAUUGAGGACAUAAGACAUAUAUCAGAAGAGAAAGAGUUGAUGGGAGAGAGAAUGGAGAAAUUGAAAGAGGAAUGGAAUUCACAAAGACUUUCAUUCUAUGAACAAGCCAGGCUUGACUGUCUCACAACGACACAGAAACGGGUGGAGAGUGGGAAAGAUGAAGAACAAGAUGAUAAUGAUGGGUUUGAUGAGCUUGAACGCUUACUUUCCUAG